AUGAGCACAUUACUAUGUGAUCUGAGGGAACGCAGCCUUCCUCCCCACCACAAGCCCCUGUGUAACACCAAGCGCUGGCACUGGCCAGGGGAGCAGAGACCUCAUCAUCCCAGCUCUGGGAACUUCUCUCCCAAACUCCUUGUGCUUCCAAGACUUCAACCUCCUGGAGGAAAUAUCCCAUCGGAAUGAUGGCACAACGUUACUGCACCCUGGGAUGCUUUCUAGCCCUGGUCUAUGGGGAUAAGCUGUGGGAUGUGCCAGACCCUUCCGAUCAGUUCCCCAGUCCUGGAAAACAGUCUUGGGAGCCUGAAUGUCAAUACCAACUGCGCCACCUACAGGAUGGGGCUCGGAUUUCUUCUGUAUUACCACCUAACAUAGAAGGUCAUUGGAUUUCCACAGGAUGUGAAGUUCGGCCUGGACCAGAAUUCCUUACAAGAUCCUACACUUUCUACCCCAAUCGAUUGUUCAAGGCCCUUCAGUUCUAUUACUCGGACCCUCAGUGCCAACAGCCCUUGUAUUCUCUUGUGAUCAAAGGAAAAAUACGCCUUCGUCAGGCAUCGUGGAUUACUAGGGGGGCUACAGAGGCAGAUUAUAGUUUGCAUAAAGUUGGGAUUGUAUUUUACACCCAGGAGGCCAUGAGUAACAUCAAAGCCCAGAUGAACAGGACCUGUGUGGGUUUUGUAUCUACUGGCAGAACCUGGGCUCCAGGAAGAAUAUAUGAGCUCCUCAGUGCCAAGGCUGAUAGGGACUGCACGGCUGCUCUCAACUUUACCAUGCAUGAGCUCAGUCUGGUGAGACUGGAGAAACAGUACAUCUCCCAGGAGAGGGGAGGACUGGUGGAGAAGCUCUUCCUAGGAGAUAUCCAUACUGAGAUGUCAGAGAGGAUACAUUACCGACCUAAUGGAUACCAGCAGCCCUUGCAGAGUGCCCUGCACCAUGCCCACCCAUGUCACGUCUGCAGCCUAAUCUACAACUCGGAUGAACAUCACCCUCCGGUCCUGCCCCAUAUUAUGGAGCCUCCAGCCCAUCUUGGUGGUAAAUGGGUGAGCAGCCAAUGUGAGGUUCGCCCCGCUGUGCUCUUUGUUACCCGCUACCUUUUGUUCUAUGGAGAUAACCGUACCUGGGAAGGAUUCUACUACCACUAUACUGACCCACUGUGCAAACAGCACACGUUUACCCUCCGAGCUGCAGGACGCUAUACCCAAGGAGUACCCUCUGAGCAUGUAAAAGGUGGGACAGAGCUGGUGUUUACUGUAAGCCAAGUAUGGGUUACUCCAUUGAACCAGGUGAGCUUAUGGAUGCUCAAUGCCUCCCGGACUGGAAGUUGUGGCACAUUGGGAUCAUGGGCCAUAGGGCAGGAACAAGACAUUACAAUGACAGGGGGCUGUGAUGUUCUGGGUAUCCGGCUUCCUCACACUGAAUAUGAGCUCUUUAAAAUUGCACAGGACAACCAUGGGAGAUACCUCUUGUAUAUGGGUGAAAGGCCAACAGAUGGCUCUAGCCCAUCAACACUCAGCAAGCGACCAACCUCCUACCAGCCUCCACUGAUCCAGUGCUCUUCGGAGCCAACACUGCCUUCUAAGCAACAUCAGUCUACGGAUUUUGCCCAGAAUAUUGCACCCUUACCCCGUCCACAGUUUUGGGCUCUGCUGAUAAUGUUUAUUAUAUUACAUAUUUUAAGGCCAAACUGAUCCACGCCGGCUGUUUUCUCAGGUGCAGUUCUCAGAGCCGGGACAAUCUUGUACUCUACAAAAAAAGAUAACAAAAAAUAUGUCUUGAGGUUCUGCUUUGUUUGUUAUGUUAAGAGAUAUUGUACAUAGUAUUCUAUCUAGCUAAUGCACUUGCUGAAAAGAUGAUCUACGUCUCGUUCUUCAUAGCUCUUGGUGCCGGAGAAAGUUUCCCUCUGCGACGUCUGCAGAUGUCUAAGCUCUUAUAGAGAUAAUCAACCGCAAUGAACAA